ACUAAAAUGGCCGUAAGAGGCUGUGUUCUUUUCGUAGUUUUGUUCAUAUUUUGUGUUCUACAGGGUGUGCAUAGUAAAGUUAAUAGUAAAACAUUGUUAAGGAAGAAAAGAUAUAUCGCUUUUCCAGAUGGAGCAUCGUACAGUGCUGUGGUUUGUCUUACUUCCCAAAUGGGCAUUACCGAUGGCGCUGCUAUUUUCAGCGAAGGGAUAAAUUGGGGUCUAGUUUACGAUUUGCCUAAUGAUACUAUUCCUUUAUUUACCGCCAACAAGGUGCUACAAAAAAGAAGAAAUCGAAGGGAUUUAUAUGUCAAGCUAGAAGAUAUUAUUACGUCCAUGGGAUACAAUGGACGAUCUUGCAUUUUGAGGGCGCUGUGUGAAGCAGAGCGGAGAUUCCAACCUAAAGAAAGUAGUCUAGCACACCAUAUAUUAAAUUUAAUAUUUAGUUUUCCUAAAGAAAGAAUUCUGCGGAACGAACCAGAUGAACAUCGAAUGUACCACUGGGCUUCUCAGAUUGGUAGUGGGACUGCUAACAAUGAAGAUACUUAUGUGGAAGACCAACUUGAAGAAUGUUCUGACAUAUUUCAAUGCCCUUUUUCAUUAAUCGAUUUAGCUUUAGGUUAUUACUCGUCUAAUUUAUAUGAUACUUUUAGUAACAUGCUUUAA